AUGAUAAUGAUAGCCUUGAUACUAACCCCAAACGAAUCAGCACAGCCAAACAGCAACAAGCACCCAACAACCCCCGACCUACCCGUUCCCUCGAGUAGUGAUAACAACUUCUUUGCCCGGACCCCCAAACCAUCUGAAGCUAACGACAAGAGCAUCUCAUUGGCGCAAGCAGUCGCCCAAUUCACUCAGACCAAUGAUAAGCCGAACCACUCACCCGCCAAGAGCUCUCCCAGCUCAUCAACCCACUCUCAAUCUCACGCUCAGGUACCCUUUGCCACCAGUGCCUCCAAGAUCGAGCAGAACACUACUGGUCUAGCAUCUGAAUCUCCCUCUGCACCAAACACUAGCUUUGAGGGGGUCAAGUUCAAGACGCGUUCGGGCGGGCGACCUAAGGAUCCAGUAUGGGUUUACUUCCACACCAAUGGGAACGGCACUGACGAACGGGCCACCUGCAAGUACUGUGGCUGGCACGUCGAGCGUCCCAAAGCGUUUCGGAUGCGCGAUCAUAUCGCCCAAUGUGCCCAAGUCGAUCCCGCGCGUCGAGCGGAGAUGAGCCAGCUGAUCGCCUUUAAGGAGGCCGCGGCGGCCGCCAAACAGGAGGAGAAAGCUCACCUUGCCACCGGCUCUUCUGCCAACGCAGACAUCUUGAACUCGGCUUCUAAGAAACGUAAAAUGGAGACGCCCGUUCACACGAAACCGGCUCUCUCCUUCGGGAAAUCUCCGAUCACCUCACAUGUUCUGGAUGCCACGUCUGGGAAGCCCGGUGACGACAUGGGCAUCCGGCUCGACCGAUUGACAGCAAACGGGUUUGUGUUGAUUGCGAACGGUACAACGGAUCCCGAUGGACGCUGCAAUACGCUAUUACCGGCCAACAGUCGGCCGGAGAUCGGAAUCUAUAAGGUGACAUUCUUCAGCAACGAGUGUAUGUCCCCACAUCCUUCCAGCUCAUCUGACUUCCAGAGCUCUCAUAUCAUUAUGCUAAUCUUGGCAACGGGCUGUUCAUAG